UCGGAUACUUUUUGAAAUGGGUGGAGUAACAAAAAAUAUUGCCAGAAAAGCUAUUUCAAUAGCAGCAUCAAAAAUGCCGAUACAAACUCAAUUCAUUAUUUCGGAGAUAGAAUAGACGAUAUAACUCUAGAACCAACCCAAAGAAUCUUAAGAAUGAAACAAAAACAAAAAAAAAAGAGGUUUCGUUUUAUGUUUGUGGACAAAAAAUAUUUCUUUUUUUCUUCGCCCUUUGCAUUGUGAAAGAAAAGAAUAAAAAAAAAUGCUAUGAUUCAAUCCCAAACCCUUUUAAAUGUAGCGGAUAACAGCGGGGCUCGAAAAUUGAUGUGUAUUCGAAUAAUAGGAGCUAGCAAUCGUCGAUAUGCUUAUAUUGGUGACAUUAUUGUUGCUGUUAUCAAAGAAGCUGUACCUAACAUGCCUCUACAAAGAUCUGAAGUAGUUAGAGCCGUAAUCGUGCGUACCUCUAAAGAACUAAAACGUGGCAACGGGAUAAUAAUACGAUAUGAUGAUAAUGCCGCAGUUGUUAUUGAUAAAGAAGGAAAUCCAAAAGGGACCAGAAUUUUUGGUCCAAUCCCCCGGGAGUUAAGACAAUUAAAUUUUACUAAAAUCGUUUCAUUAGCUCCUGAGGUAUUAUAAAAAAAAUUAAAAAAUGGAGUAGAAUCUGUCUCACGUAUAUAACUUUAAGAUUAAAAUAAAGUAAGAUAAACACAAUAAUCCAUAGACAAUAAAAAAAACACGUUGAGAGUAGAAAAAUUUUUAGCUCCAUAAUUAGAGUUCAUCAUGGGUAGGG